AUGUCAGACGAGGAAUCAGAGAAUAAAAAGCUCCUUGAUCAGGUGCUGCCUGAAAAGACCGAUCAAGAAACACAGCCCGAAGCAGACGCUGCGCUGGCUGAGCAAGAAGCUCCUGAGAACGAACCCAAUGAGCCUGCUUCUGACGACGACUCAGACUCAGAUUUGUCAGAUAUUUCCGAUGUGGACGAAGAGAAGGUCGCAGAGGGAUUGAGAUAUCUCGAUGAACAGACCGCUGCAUCUUUGUCAAAACAUAAAGCUGCCCAACCUUCCUCGACUCACAAGAAGAAAGAGCCCACCAGAAGAAGACCAAAGCAACAAACCGCCAGAGAAACUCAAUACGAGCCUGAUGUCGUGGAAGACGAAGCCGCCAGAAGAACAAGAUUGUUCGAAGAGAAACUGGAUGCUGCAAUCAAAAGGAAGCCAAACAAGAGAAAGAAGAACGAUGACGUGGAUCUAGAGCAGAUGCAGGAUGAGCUUAUACAACAACUUAAAUUACAAAUGGAAGAAUCCGCCAUCCGUGAUGCAAACAACAUUGAACAGGGAAAACCUGCCAUUUUCAAAUUGAAACUACUUCCCAAGGUAAAGGACAUACUUUUGAGAGCCAACUUGGCCGAUUCUAUACUGGACAACAACUUAUUGGCCUCAGUAAGACUAUGGCUGGAACCAUUACCAGAUGCAUCCUUGCCAGCUUACCAAAUACAGAAAGUGCUAUUUGACGCUAUCAAGUCACUUCCCAUCAAGACAUCUCAUUUGAGAGAAAGUGGUUUAGGCAAAGUGAUGGUAUUCUACCAGAAAUCCAAGAGAGUGGAACCCAACCUUAAGAGAACUGCCGAGAAAUUGAUCAGUGAUUGGACCAGACCCAUAAUGGGAGCAUCGGAUAAUUACAAAGACAUGCGUGUUAGGACCCAGCAAUUUGAUCCUGCCCAGUUUGCGGAAUCCUUGCCUGGAAGGGUCAGUGUCAGACCCCAGGAGGCCAAAACCCUUUACGAAGAGGCAGCUGAAAGAAGAAAGCGUGCGGCCAUCCCCCAAGCAAGAACAGCUGCUUACACCAUCGCUCCUCAAGUCAAUACCGAGCUGCUGAUGAGUUCAGCCAGAAGGACUCUGCCUUCCGGAGUGGGAUCAUCCCUGAGCGGAGAGGACCAAUACAAGAGAUUAAACUCAAGGCUCAACACUAUGGGGACCAAACGCAAGUCGUCGGCCAAGAAAGGAGGAAUCUCCAUUGAAGGAAGAGGGCUUCCGCAAUAA